GUCGCGCGCGAUGAAGAAGCUGUUCAAGCUCCCUCCGACGUACCACGGCGUGGGCCCGGUGACAUUCGCAUGGCAGCCGGCGGGGAACUUCCUUGCCACGGCCGGAAAGAACGGGCUUGUCCACAUCUUCGACCGCCAAGGCGAGCAGUACGAAGAAAUUGGCCUCGACAUGGCAACGCCUGUACUGGCCCUGGAAUGGGACCGUGACGGCAACACGCUCGCGAUUUUGCAAACUGGCAACGGUAUCGUCCCGUUGUGGGACUUGAGUGCUCGGACGACGCAGAACCUGGAUACCAACUUGAAAGACCCGUCGUUCAUCCGAUGGUCAAACACAGGCACCCAACUUGCAAUCGGGACGAUGAAGGGAAACCUCAUCCUGUACAACAAGUCGACACGAAAGAUCGUCCCGGUCCUCGGAAAACAUUCCAAGAAAAUCACGUGCGGCGCGUGGAACAAUUCGGACCAGUUGGUGCUCGGUGCCGACGACCGCAUGGUCACAAUCAGCAACGCUGGAGGGGACACACUACAGCAGCGCGAACUCAAACUCUCGCCUUCCGACUGCAAAUUUGGUCACCGAAAGGGCGACUCGACGCGCGGUCCCGAAACGUGCGUCGCCAUCAACGUGGUCAAGUCGCUGGUUCUACUCGACACGACCGACCCGGAAAAUCCCAUUGAACUCACCUUUCAAGCGCACUACGGAUCGAUCAAAGUAUUUGAAUGGUUCAACGGCGGCUACCUCAUGAUUGCGUUCUCGGAGGGAUUUGUCAUUUGCAUCUCGACGCAAAUGGACGAAAUCGGCGAGGAGAUGUUCUCCGGGCGGUUCUUCUCGGAGCGCCUCUACGCCAUGUGCUACUCGCCCGUCCUGAAUCGCAUCGCGAUCAGCGGCGAGAGCGGCAUCAAGGUCGUGGAUAUGUCCAACUAUUCCGAAAUCAAAGCCGACUCGAUCAAGCUCACGGACGCCGAGGAUAACGAAGCCAACAUGAUGGCGUACACGGGGGACGGCCAGAUCCUGACGGUGGCAACGCAAGGCGGGAUCAUCCAAACGUUCCUGGCGCGCAUGCCCAACAUCCAUGACCACGUCGGCAACUACGUCGCGUUCCUGAGUUCUCUCCGCGAGAUCACCGUCGUCGAUACCCUCGGCCGCGACGCCCCCAUCCACAUCCAAGUCUCGAUAGAGCCGUCGUUCAUUGCAAUCGGGCCCCGCCACGUUGCAGUCGGCAUGAACAAUCGUGUGUGGUUCUACAGGUGCGACGGCGGGAACCGCGAUGCACUUGUGAACGAGCAGCAAUAUCUCGGCCGCGUCACCAGCGUCAAACUGAAUCGAGACUACGCGGCUGUGCUCAGCGACGGCAAGGUGGUCCUUCACUUCAUCGAGCCUGGCGCUCAACAACAGUACGGAGGCAACCAUGAACAGUCCAAGUCGUUCCCGGAAACCCACGGGCGAGAGGAUCGGGGGGUCGAAAUCUCGAGCAUUGCCUUGACCAAGGACUUUUUCAUCUACGCGACGAGCGGCGGCGUCGGUGGCGUCCACUUUUUCUUUCUCCACGAGUGGAAGCUCCUAGAAGGAUGCAGCUACCGCCAUGAGGACGGCAUUGGUAUCGUCCACAUUGCUCCCAACGCCGUCGGGACCAAGGUCGUGUUCAUCGAUUCGCGGCGCCGCGCUUACAUUUUGAAUGCGACGAACCGCGAGGCGCUGUACGUCCCCAGCGUGCCAAACUCGGCGAGCGCAAUUUUCUGGGACACGUGCGAUCCGACUGUGUUUGUCGCGAUCGAACCGACGGAAUUCACCACGUUCCUGUACACGGAGCUCACAAUCAACGGGCCGGAAGUGACCCAGCUCGGCACGAUCGACAUCGACCUGAACGGCGACUUUCAGUUUUCGCCCCAGGCCACCAAGAUCCCGUCCGGCCACUCGGCCGUGCUCUUUGCCGACGGCGUCCUCACGACGCAGCAGCCUGGCGGUACGCUCUCAAACGUCAUGUCAUGCACCCACGAGGCGCUCCAGAAAAGCGUUCGCCCCGAGUCGGACAAGGCCGUGUUCAAGCAAUGCCUCGGCCUCUUACGCAUGGACGUUGCGUGGAAACAAGCGGUCGCGAUCGACGCGAAAGAGUACUGGCUCGCACUUGCUGGGCGAGCGAUGCACACCCUCGACAUUACGCUGUCGAAGCGCGUGUACCGCCAGCUUGGGGACGCCGGCAUGGUCAUGGGCCUCAAUCGCAUCGAGCACGUCGAGGAUAAAAACUUGCUGGCCGGCCACGUCUCGAUGCUGUUUGGCCAGUACGACCAAGCGCAGAAGCUCUUUCUCAACUCGAGCGACCCGAUGGCCGCGUUGACGAUGCAGCGAUACUUGCUGCAAUGGGACCAGGCGCUGCUUCUGGCCGACUCGCUCGCGGUCCACCUCGUGCCGGAGCUCAGCGCGUCGUACGCGGCCCAGCUCGAGUUCAAAGGUGACGUUGAAGGCGCGUUGAAAAUGUACGAGCACGCGUGCAACGCAGUCGACCCACUUGGCAACCCCGUCGUCGCGUCGGAGAAGACGCAGAUGCAAAGCAUGGCCGGAAUUGCGCGAUGCACGCUCCGCACGGGCGACCUCCGCCGCGGCAUUCGGCUCGUUACAGAACUCAACGACCCGUCGCUGUGCAAAGAGUGUGGGCUCAUCUUGGAAGGCAUGAAGCAGUUGUCGGACGCGGCCCUGCUGUACGAGCGAGGCGAAGUGUACGAAAAAGCGGCGCAGAUCUACAUUCAAAUGAAACAGCUCCACAAGGCAGCGCCGUUGAUGGCCAAGGUCCACAUGCCCAAGGUUCACGUGCAAUACGCCAAGGCGAAGGAAGCGGCGGGCGAGUUUGCCGCCGCGUCCGAUGCGUAUGAAGCAGCGAUGGACCUCGACAGCGUCGUUCGCAUCCAGCUCGAGCACCUAAACAACGCAGAGAAAGCGUUUUCGAUUGUCAAGCAGACCAAGUCGUCCGAGGGCGCGUCCGCCGUCGCCAAGUACUGCAUCGAGAGCGCUAACUAUGCCGCCGCGAUCGACUUUUUGCUCUUGGCAAACCGCGAAGACGACGCGUUCCAGCUCGCGCAAGCGCAUAACGAGAUCGAUGCGUUCACGAAAACGAUCGGGGACACCAUCUCGGUCGAGCGAGCACUCAAGAUUGCCCAGCACUACGAGCAGAUCCAGUCCCACGCCCGCGCUGGCGAGUACUACCAGGUGUGCGGCAACUACCACAAGGCACUUCGAUUGUUCCUUCAGUGCGGCGAGGCCGAGCUCGGCCGCGCGAUAGACGUCGUCGGGAAAGCCCGCAACGACAUGCUCACGCACACCUUGAUCGAUUACCUCAUGGGCGACACGGACGGCAUACCGAAAGACCCGAACUACAUCUUUCGCCUGUACAUGGCCCUGGGAAACUAUGCGCAAGCUGCCAAGACGGCCAUCAUCAUUGCUCGGCAAGAGCAGGAGCUGGGUAAUUACAAGGUCGCGCACGACGUGUUGGUCGAGACCCACCGCCAGCUGCAGCUCCACAAAAUCCACGUGAACCAGGACCUGCGCAACUCGCUCACACUGCUCCACAGCUACGUCGUGGUGAAGAAGCUCGUCAAGCGAGGUGACCACGUGGCCGCCGCCAAGAUGCUUGUCCGCGUGGCCAAAAACAUGUCCAAGUUUCCAACGCAUGUGUCCAACAUCCUCAUCUCGGCUGUCAUCGAGUGCCAGCGCGCCGGACUCAAGGGGAAUAGCUACGAUUUUGCUACGCAACUCAUGCGCCCCGAGUACCGCAACGGAAUCGACAAAGAGAUCAAGCGCAAGAUCGAAGCGAUCGUGCGACGCCCAAACAAGGAGCAGCCACCGGACACUCUGACGCCGUGCCCGUUCUGCGACCACGACGUUGUCGACGUUGAACUCGAUUGCACCCACUGCAAGAACUGGAUUCCGUAUUGUGCGGUCACGGGCUACCACAUGGUCAAGGCGGAUUGGAGCCAAUGCCCGCACUGCCAGUUCCCCGCGCUGUACUCGCACUUGACGACCCACUUGGACGCGGAUCCCGUGUGCCCGAUGUGCGACAAGGAGCUCAAACCGGACCAAGUGCAAAAGGUGCAAGAGAACGAAGUGAAGCUCGCGACGAUCGAAUUGCAACAGCCCGAGCAAACACCGGCGGUCGUCUCGAAAGAUGGGCAAAUGAACAACCAACAGGCGGGAAAGCCUCCCAAGCAAGGCGAGCUGUUCGCGUAGACGCACUAAAGUGAAACAUGACAGUCGAGCUGCACUAGA